AUGAGUACCGAGCACUCAUUAUCAUUAGUUGUUGAUUAACUGCGCGGAGAAUACUUGUAGCAAAAUGAAUCUCAAAAUUAAAAGUGUGCUUUUCCUAAUUAUAACUUUAACAAGGUUAUCCUCAAUAUGGGCACAAGAUACUGAAGGAACAAUUAAAAGACAACAACAAUUAGCGAUUGAUAUACUGCUAUUGAAAAAUGAUAUCAAUAGUCUCAAUGAAAAUUUAAACUCUUUAAAACAACGUCAUAAUCAGCAAACUGAACACAUAAAGAAGGUUAAAACUUUGUAUGGUCAAACUGAAAACAUUCUUGAUCAUUGCCAUGUCAAUAAGGCCUUCAGUGACUUCGCCACCACAACGAGUGAAAUAAAACAAAAAGUUGGAGGAAUUAUAAACGACAAUUACGAUAAGCAUACCAGCAAAUUAAACCAAACAUUACAAUAUUUAAAUAAAUUAUCGGUUGGUUGUGGUGCAGGAGAAAGACAGGUCCUAAUAGAUCUUCAGAGGCAAAUUGAAGAAAAAUUAUUGAAGUUGAAAGGAUUUGAGCAACGACUAAAACAACUACAAGAGAACUCCAGUAACAUAGCGAUUCAAGAAGAAAUGCAGCCACUUGCAGAGCUGCUCAAUGAAAUCAUUUCUAAGUUAGCUACUCAAGAAGAUAAGCUUAAGAAUUUUGAAUCUGUUCAGCCUGCUAUACAAAAUUCCUUAGAAAACAUUGAAGCCAUAAAGAAAAAAGAAGUCGCACAGUGUCAUCAAAAGAAAUGUAUUGCUGAAAAGAUUUCGAAAUUGAGAGAAAAAUAAAAAAGUGUAGGCCUAAAAAUGUUUUUGAUAAUGUAAAAAUUGACAGAAAAAAAAAUAAUAAACGAAAUAACAAAUUUA